GUCAAGAUACAAUGUAACCUGUGAAUCAAGCCAUACAUUGAAAUCGGAUUAGAUGUGUGUAACGGAAUAGAAAUACCACAAUCAAUUGAUAUCAGUUUACUACUAUAUAUGAAAUAUACAAUCGUUAACCACCAGAACGCCUUAGAUUCAGGAGGAAAUCAGGAAUAUUUCUUCCGGUUCCCAAGAAUGCAAAAAUAAAACGGAAGCUGAUUUGAUGUAAGUGUGAGGUCCUCUCUUACAAAGAAUUGAAAACGUUUAUGAACAAAAAUGGACACUCAUCCUCCCACUCUUGAUAUUCUACACUGGUGAACAGCAUUAUAAAGGCCCUGGUAAAGCCAUUACGGUGUGGUCCACAUAGAGAUCUCCACCACUUCAGCCGCUAGUGCCUAAGUACGGCGCUCACAGGGACUCUCCACUGGCCUUCCCUUCCCUGCACAGAGAAACAGUACUAGAGACUUCUGGCUGUGGACAGUGUCCGAGUGAAUGUUUCAUUGCUCUAAGAACCCCUCCCGCUCUUCGAGGACCUAACUUACCUACCCGUCAAGAGAACGCUCCUGCCGCUGAGUUAGCUGGUCAGGCAUUUCAUCCAGGCCCUCAGCAUCAGGACUUAGCGAGGCGGCAGCCCCCACCAGCCCCUGUGACUGGAGCUAUUCAGGGGGAGGAGGGGAAGGAGACCCCCGGCCGGUGCAACACUUUCCCUUGAGAUGAAGCUUCAAGCCGUGAUGGAGAACCUGCACAGGCAGCAGAGGGCCAAGUUGCUGAUGGAACUGGAGCAACAGCAGCUGCAGCAGGACGGCGCUCCGCAGGGUCACGGCCGGACCACCGCUGGCGUUGGGGACCAGCUGAUGGGAAGCCCCGCCCCGGAGUCAGAGCACGCCCAGAUGGCGGCCCUGGCAGCCAUGAGGGCGGUGGCGGCCGGGUUGCAGAGGGCCUCAGACAGCCCCAUGUCAGAGCGCAGCAGCGGGGGAGAGGACGAGGAAGAAGAGGAUGAUGAUGAGGAGGAGGAAGGGGAACAGUACAAAGAUAUGAUGGGCUCUGAGGAAGAGGAGAUGAUAAAGCAGAAGUGGGAUGAGGAGGACUUUGAGGGGGAGAUGGAGGAGGACUAUGAGGACGAGCUGGUGGACGAGGGGCUUCCCACGGGCCGGGAGGCGCUGGCCCUGCUGCUGCCCCACCGCCAGCUGCACGCCCACUCCCAGCUGCUGAAGCAGGCCCGGCCCCGCACCGGGACCUGCCCAGACCAGGAGCCCAGAAUGGCCAUCCUCCCCCCACACGGAUCCCACAGCCAGCUGGGAGGCCAGGACCACGGAGACUGGACUUACGAAGAGCAGUUUAGACAGCUCUACGAACUAGAUGGAGACCCAAAGAGAAAAGAGUUUCUGGAUGACCUAUUCAGCUUCAUGCAAAAGAGAGGAACCCCUGUGAACAGGAUCCCCAUCAUGGCCAAGCAGGUCCUAGACCUGUACAUGCUGUACCAGCUGGUGACAGAGAAGGGAGGCCUGGUGGAGGUCAUCAACAAGAAGCUGUGGAGAGAGAUCACUAAAGGACUCAACCUGCCUACCUCAAUUACCAGUGCAGCCUUUACUCUCAGGACACAGUACAUGAAGUACCUGUAUCCAUACGAAUGUGACAAGAGGAGCCUCAGCAACCCCAACGAGCUCCAGGCAGCUAUCGACUGUAACCGACGGGAGGGCCGCCGGCAGAGCUUCGGCAGCUCACUCUUCACCUACUCCCCCAAUGGGACCCCCACCAUGCUGUCCUCCCCCAAGAUUUCCAUGCAGAACAUGGGGAUGAACGUGGCCACCAACGGAGGCCACUCUCUCACUCCCAUCCAAAAAAUCAAGAAAGAAGAGGAGGGUGGCCAGCCUGUGUCCGGCUUGGGCUUCAUGUCCAGGCACCCUCUGGUUGGCAAUUCGGCGGCGGCGGUGCAGGCAGCAGCGGCCCAGUUAGCGGCUCUAGAGCAGCUGAGGGACAGACUGGAGGCAGGCGAGCCCCCGGAGAAGAAGAUUGCCCUACCUGCUGAGAAGCACCAGCGGCUGCUGCAGAGAGCGCUGCAGCACAAUCUGCUGGCCAGGACUGCCCAGAUGCCCAUGAACAUCCGCAUCAACAACCAAGAUGGCCGACAGGACUCAGCUCUCAAUCUCACAACUAAUGGCAUGAGCAGCAUCAGUAUGUCAGUGGAACUCAAUGGAGUCAUGUACACCGGUGUGCUUUUUGCUCAGGCAGCAGGGUCAGCCUCGUCAGGCCCCUCUGGAUCAUCAAGUAACAGCAAAGCCCCUGGUGGGCACGGUGGAUCCUAGUGGCUCCCCUACACACCUACCUCAUCCACCUAUCUUUGAUGCUAACUAAAGCCAAAAAUAAACCUCGUUUUCUACUUAGCCUAUGCCAAAAAAAUACAUAUAUAUGGCAAGACAAACUGAAACUCAGACCACUUGAAGUACACUCUCAGGUCCUCUCAUAUAUUCUUCCCUCUUUUGUUCUUUAGCCUAAAUAAGUUUGAAUAACCCAACAAGGAGCCAGUAUAUGAUAGAUAUUUGCACAGCCUAUGAAUAAUUUAUUUCUACAUAAAUGUACAGAUUAUCUGAGAACAAAAGAAAAAGAAUACAUUGGAAGGGUAAUGCACUGUUUAAACAUUUAACACAGCUACUGACUGACAAUGAAGCUUCUUCUCAAGAGGAAAAAUAAGUUGUUUGUAACAUUAUCAUUCUCCUCAUUGUUAUUAUUAUUAUCAUCAUCAUCACUAACAAUAUACUCAUUGCAAAAAAUAUAUAUUUAGGAUUCUAUAAAGCAGAACAUUUUACAUUUCUUGUAUUUUAAGUAGAAAAGCUUUAAAGUAUGUUAUUUCUUCAGGGUAUAACAAAGUACCAUUGUGACCUCAUGUUAUAGAAUUCCUCUUUUACGUUUGCAUGAUGCAGUCGGAAACAAAUCAAUCUUUGCUGAAAUUUUCUAUUAAUUGCUCAGACACAGGUUUUGUCUUGCAUUUUUUUCUAGUAGAAGUCAACAGGAAUUCUUAAUGCUCAUUGGGCUUUAGAAUAUGUGCAGGUUUUUCUCAGGUGUCCGCCAGAUUGCUGUGAAACAAUAACAUUGUAUUUAACUGCUAUAUGUUUCUGUCAUAGCCACAUAUUAUACAAAUGUAUUUCCUGG